UCCCAAACACUCUGAUGAACUUGACUUACUUCGUAGAUGAUAUCAUACGGGGUGUUCUUUUCCCUUACGUCUCUCUCGACCACACCGCCAGAAGCCCCGAGAACCAGAUAGAGAUUGAUGCCACCAAAACCUUAGACACUAACCGUUGGACCGUCAGGACGACAAAGGCAGAGGAGGUAUCCAUCAUUAAGGACCUCAAGCCACCCGCACUGAUUGAGGAAUUUGGUGGACCAGCCAGGUUGGCUGACACUUUCGAUUACAGCGUAAUCAGAGGCCGCACACCCUCUGUCUGUGUUAUCGAGGACACUCAAGUGCGAACUUUGGACGGCACAGUGUUCUCACAUCAACCGGAUGCUUGCUGGACCACCGCCAGUAUAUUCCACGCCGACCCUGAAGACCCAGAGGCCAUGGAAGGAGCUCUUAUGGUCCGCCACACAGACCAAUGGGAAGUGCGCAUUGUUUGGCCUUGGAGGGGACUCCAGCUUGACCUGACAAAGACGCAGCUACUAGUCAAUCAGAGACCAUAUGAGGAGCGUGACAAGACUUACGAGUUCAUUAGACUAUCAGAUGCUGGUCUUCUCCUGUUUGCUGACGGUUGUUUCAUCAAAGUCUCGGACAAAGUGGAAAUCUUGGAUCCACAAGUACUAAGAGGAAAGAUCGAAGGCCUGUGUGGUAAGAUGGAUGGUGAGAAAAGCAACGACCUGGUAGGCCCUAAAGGAUGUAUCUACACCAACCUAACCUUAUUCGCUCUAUCUUGGACGACUCCCUCUCAGGAUUGCGACGUCUUUGCCUUACAAUCCAAGAAAGAUGAAGUGGAGCUAUUCCAAAAGACUUGUUCUCGCGAGUCCUACAUUCCUACCGGAGUGUCACACGCCGAUGUCGUGUAUGACUGUACCGAGUGGCUCUACCAGGAGAAGAUAUUCGGCAACUACAAAUGCAAAUCCAUGGUCCCAACUCCUUUUUGCAAGCCUGAGUGUGAAGCAACUGAGAAUAUCACGAAACCUAUUGCGUAUGACUGUGUGUGGUCAGAGGAGCGAGUUCUGCAGCUGGGUUCAACAGACAAGGCUUGUUACCCCCACACCUACGUGACCAACUACCCGGCCUCUUGUGUUCCCCAUUAGACAUCCCAAAGCAGCUUUACAAUACCCCAUGAAUGAUUUGCUUUCAUACUUCCGACCCAUACCUGUUCUGAGUGUUACUGACAAUCACUAUGAUUAUCAUUUCCAAAUAUUCUUUUUCUCUCUUUCUCUGUCAUUAAGGAUUUCGUAACCUGUCAAAGGUACCUUUUGACAAAAAUAUUCUUAUGCAUAAUUGUAUUGUUAAUUUAUCUUCUUACCGACAAAAAAGUAAACGGGAAACUCUU